CCAUUUUGGAGAACCAACAAAAUUAGUUUGAAAUCUGUCGAUGCGUAAACAAAACCCUGGUUUCCUAGUAUUUCAAUUAUUCAAAUUCAUCAUGAAAAUUUCGAAUAGAUGAUGAUUGGACAACGUAAGAAUCCAGGAUCCUUUGAAAAUGCUUCUUCCAGUAAAAAAACAAAGGCUGUCAAAAAGGUUGAAUAGAUUGGAGAAGACCUUUAAUUCAAGAAUGGAGAAAACAGACGAGAUGGAAUUCACAGACGAUCAAAUAAAAGAUGCAUCAACGUUUUGCAACUUCUACCUAGACCUAAUACAUAGUUUUAACGAUAAGACAAAAUAUUUCUUGUCCGAGAACGUUGUUUUGGACUACUUUGGACGUACGAUAAAAGGACAAAAAAAUGUGACCAGUUACAUAAAGAGCAAUUUGGUCAAUGUUGGACAUUUAUUCGAGGAAGCCAAACCAAUGAAAGAGAUUGGAUUCAGAGACACCCAUGUUGUAAAUUUGCCCACGGAGCCCAAAAAGGUAGCGAUGCCGUUUUUCAGUCCGCCAAAAUCCAACGAGGCAAAAACGCCCACCAAAUCUGUAUCGCAACCUUCGACAUCAUCUGCGGUCAAGCAGGAAGAGAGAAGGGGAGUGAAGAAGCGCCUCGAAGGGUGCUCGCCAGCCAAACGAUUGAAAAAAAACGGCGGAGGAGACGAACUGGGGGAGUCCUCGAGCGGGACAGAGCUGGUGGAGUGCGAAUCGGAGCCCCUCCGAGUCAAGUACAUGGUGUCGGAGGGACACGUUGAGUUUCGAAAACCCAGCAUGAAGAAGCUACAGACGGAGUGCAGGUGGAGGAGGCCGUGCAAGUUGAGCGUAGCCUAUUCCUCCACGUCCAACCAGGACUGCAGCAUCUACCUGAUCAUUUACGAGGGGAACGUCAAGUGUCGAAGGAACCUGAUGAAGGAGUUCGACGAGGCGGAACCAAAGGAUUGAGAGUCUUCCAGGUUUUAGAUCGUUGCAGUCUAGUGGAAUUUUUUUGAAAAAUUAAUGUACCCCGUUUUUAUAAGGGCGUUUGUUGGAAUUCUUUGAAUCGUUUUGGAAUGGAUCGAGCAUCCUAUUGGUGGUUCCACUUUGAAAUUGAUACACUGUUUUUAUUUGGGGAGUUUCGGAAUCCAAUUUAUCUUUCCUCUGAAAAGAUUUGGUGAUAAAAAUUAGCUAUUUCUUAACAAACUUCAAUUGAAAUUUAAAACGUUCAAACCUAAUUUACAAAGAGAAAUAUUAAAGUUGAAAUCUCCAACGAGAAUUUUUGACCUCUUCAAAUAAGUUCUUAUGUUUUGAGGAAAAUUAUUCUUCUUUAUUUUAAAUUAUAUUUAAAAUUCGAUUUUAUUCAUCUCAAUUUUUUUUACUAAAUAUUCAUAACAAGAAUUUCAAAACAGACUUUGAAAUGAAGAAUUUUCAAAAUGUUCCAAUUCUAUCCAUUUUUCUGCAUUAAUUUGACCUCUUCAAAUACAUUUUAUUGAUGUGAAAGAAUUAUUCCUGAUUAUUUCCAAAAUUUCAAUAAGCUAUUCAAUAAUAACAUUGAAUUUAACCUUCGUAUCAAAAAACUAUGACAACAGGAAUUAUUUCGAAAAAGAUUUUGAAAUGAAACGCAUUCAUUCAAGUUCUAGAAUUUUAAUAGGAAAGUUUGAAUCUCUAUCCAUUUUUCUACACAAAAUCGACCUAUUGUAAUAAAUUUAUUUUUUGUGGUUAAGUAUUAUCACCGAUUAUUUUCAAAAUUUCAAAUAGAUUUUCCAUUAUUUUAAUGAAUUGAAAUUUUUCAUUAGAAAUCUAUGGCAACAAAUCAUAAUUGAAACAAAGUGGUUCAAUUAAAAUUUACGUUUGAACCUAUUCUUCAAAGAGACCAAGUACAUUAAUUUUUUGAAACGGAAAAUAUUUAUAACAAUAACAGAAAGAACCCUGACCCCGAUGUGAUAUUUUCUCCCUUUUGCAACUUCUGGUAUGCAACGAUUGUUGACCUUUUCUUUUUUUAUUUUUCAAAUUUAGCCUAGUGCAAUUGUUGAGGUUUUUUAAAGUUUAUACGGAAUCCCUUUUACGGUUUAUAUGGUACCAUAAUUUUUUUCAAUAGUAAUUUGUUAUGAUAUUGAGAAUAUAGUUUGUAUUGUAGGGUAGUUUCGACAUUUAUUGUACAUUUUUUAGUGACAUAAUAUUCCUGGAGAUUGUGAUGUAUCUGAUUUUUUUCAACUUUUACCAUUUAAAUCUUAAGUAUUAAGAGUACAACUUGAAAGAUGUAAUUUUACGAUGACGUUUUUUGUAAAUUAAGAAAAAGGUGUAAAAAGUGUAAGAUAUGGAAAAAAAUUCUAAUUUUUUCUCAACCCCAAAUACCAUUACCGAAAAAUUCAACUGUGAUUGGAUGUGCCACGUGGUAAGAGAACUGAGAUACCGUUAGAUUUUUAUAUAAUAGAAUGUUAGAUGAAAUAAAGGUUCAAGUAGA